AUGGCCACAAUUCUGAAGAAAUGGGGAGCAAUUUAUGAGGCCACGGCUGAAACUAAAAUGGCAAUGCAUGGCAAAUAGAGACCCGCAUCAGUGUAUACUGAUCUGAUUCUUAUUUAUAAACAUGUACAUACAUACAUGCAUGAAUGAGAUUACAGUAUCAUAAAAAUUUAUUAGCCUCAAUCCUAGCGACACACCAAGCUUUUGAUCAUUUCUGUAGUCUUCAGAUAGUCUGAUUCACCUAAAAUAAAGCCUCAACGAAAACAUUAUGGCCGGAAUUUGUCUGCGCCAUGACUGAAAGUUUUCUAAUAUGUGACGACUUGUACGUAGUUAUGACAGGGAAUAUCUGUGUGCGGGUUUAGUGGCGUACGUCAUUUGGAAAGCGCGUUGGUAGCAAACGCUUGUGAUAUACUAGGCAUUACUUGAGUCUGCAACAAUUACAAUUUCGUUUGAUAUUCUGAGGGGUAUGGAUAUGGAUGAGUGUUCUGGAGGAGACUCUGUGGAGGAGGAAGAAGAAGAGGAUGAGGAUUCGACAAGAUCUAAUAGCAGCAGCAGUAGUAGCACCAGCAGUACUGCUGAUACUGGAGAUGACAGCGCUGAAGAGCAGUGUACUAGUGCCUCCGACAGUCAGACCUCCACAGGAGAUAAUGAAAAUUCCGAAGACACCGUGAGGUGGGAAACAUGCGUUGCCAUGGGUACACGAGUAAAGCUUCCACAAGGACUCUGUGAGCAUCUCACAAUAUUUCAAGAAUUAUUUGACUAUUCUCGAAUCUGGAACGAGAAUUUAAGUGAGACCGAUAGAGAAUGUUUAUCUCGGUUUUUACCUACCUUUCCUGAGGACUGUGAUCAAGAUGCAGAGCUUGAGAAAACUUUACACAUGCUGUUCAAUAGAGAAAAUUCGCGGUUUGGCGUUGCAGCUCUGGAUGCAUUCCAUAAUCAUUUGUCUGCUGGUCACUACAGACCUGAUAUAAGAAGAAUGCGUAGUUUAGUACGAAAAGCACAACAAAGACGAUUAGUGUAUGAAGAACGAAAAAGGUCUUAUGAUUUAGCUGGGCAAUUGCUCAAAUCAAGAGAAUCCCUUUUAUCAAACGCUUAUAAGCAAGGGUUCAGUCAACCAACACAUCGGAUAUCUAAAUUCCACUGGCAUAAACCACGCCCUGCAAUGGUUGAGGAAAGAACAAGGCAGCGAUACUUGGAAGAAUUGAGUGCUUUAAGGGCAGAACUUGGAGUAAAUAUGAGAGCCACAAUUGAAAGUUCCUCAGAAGAUGAGGAGCAUUAUUCUCAACAACAGUUAAUCAAUAACAAGAAAAAGAAGAAACGUCUAGCAAUGGCAUUCCAAGGAACGCCUCCAAAAGUUUUCCAAUCAAACCAUGAUGAAGAUGCUGUUAGACCUGUGUCAUCUACUUUCCAUCAAUCAAAGAUAGGAUUUUCUAUAGAAAAUCAUAGUUUGUCACUGCUCGGCUAUGAGCAAUCAGAUGAUGCCUAUCGAUCCAUGUUAGCUGAUCACAAAAAGAGGCGAGCACGGCGAGAUAACCAUCCAGAGUUGAAUACACAGGGAAUCUCCUUAGCUGAAUUAUCCAGGCGAGCCCAAAUUGGACACAAGCAUAAACUACCGUUAAACAAUGCCAUACGUCCAGUGAUUGUCAAGAAACGUAUUAAACUUGAACAACCCUCUUGUCCACCCUCAUCUAUGAAAUCUGCUCACAAUAAUUCUGUGAAACCAGAGAGUGACAACAGUGAUCAUUCUCACACAAUAGAUAAUGAUCAUCGGCAAAUUAUGACUAUGGAUGCAGGCACUGCUUUAAAUUCCGUUAAAGCUGAACCCAUUGACACCUAUGAAACACAACAGCUGCCUACCAAGAAAAAAAUUUUCGUCAAUUCGAGUCCGGGAUUAUCGAAUGCCAGUGGUUCUAUAGCAAUGUCUAUAUCUGAUGUAAAGACCGAGACAGAGGAUCUCGACUAUGACUCAGAGAUUAAAACGGAGGUUAACAUCAGAACUGGUGAUGAGAGAGAAACCGAGGAUGACGAAGAGGAUGACAAAAAACAGCUAAAUUUAGAUGGCAUUGAUAUGAUGCAGAUACCAAUUCAACUAGAUAAUGGGAUUGAUCUUUUGGAUGAUGUCAAGUGUGGCAGUGAUGUUACUCAAGAAGGAGAAGGGAGAGAGGGCGAUCUGAUGCAGGAAACACAUUCCUGUUUCUUUUCUCUUCUUAGGGAUGCAUUUGUAUCAAAGGGGGAAUAUCGAAUGAGUACAGCAGAGAUGAGGGAUGCAGUAAUGCAAUGGCAAGGCAAUCCGAUCUCUCCUCUCAACGACUGGUAUUCUUUGGCCCCUUCUUGGCCUGCCCUUGUUCCUCUUGCUCUUGGGUUUCUCGCUGGAGAGCUGGUCUACUCUUCACAAGAGACAGAUCACCAACAAGAACAAGAGCUUGUCCCAUAUUUGGAGAACAAAGGAAGAGGCGUAUAUGCGUGGAUAGGUGCUGGAAGAGAUUCAGAUUCUCGUUUGGCAACCUAUUGUGCACGUUUCCUUGCCCACAGAGACUCGUUAGGUCCUCCGGUGCACUCUACGAGCAGUACUGCCAUUGCUGCUAAACAACAAGUGCUGCAGCAACAACAACAACAGCCUGCAAACAGCAGCAAUAGUAGUUGCAGAGGUGGAAGUCCUGCUAUAGAAACUUCAGGCAUCGGAGACGGGUCUAUGGGAGCCAUGGGCGAAUGGGAACCACCUAGAGCGUUAUGGCCAACAGAGUGGAAGGUCCGUCCCUCGACUGCUGAAGAGCGGGAAGAGUUCAGGAGGCAGGAACAACUGCGAUAUGCAACGCCACACAAAGCAUUUACAUACCGCAUGCAUGGCUAUGCAUCAGUCGUUGGUCCAGUGAAAGGAAUCUAUCAACAUAAUGUUGCUUCUGGAUUAAACAAACCUCGGGGUCAUUCAUUACUAGUAGCGGAUCGACCGAACUUUGUUACAAUACUCGCACUAGUGAGAGAUGCAACGGCUAGAUUACCAAAUGGCGAAGGGACCCGUGCGGAUAUUUGUCAACUGCUCAAGGACUCGCAAUAUAUUAGAGACCAAGGUGAUCAUGCCGACGGUGGUCAUGAUAAGGAGGGCUAUUUACACUCUGUUGUAUCAGGCGCCCUUGACAGGCUUCACUAUGAAGCUGAUCCCUGUGUUAGGUAUUACCCCAGACGCAAGGAAUGGCUUUAUUUACAUCGAGCCCGAUCUGAAUCUGAAUUUGAAAUGUACCACCAGCAACUGCAAGGUGUGGCAAAAAAUAAGAAAAAUAUUGGAGGAACAUCUCGCAAUAAAUCAGCUAAUCCUAUUAGUAAGCCGGUCAAUGGAAGUAAGGAGCAGCCUCUAAACAAGGAAACUACUCCUAAAAGAGAAAAGAAAAUUUCAACUCCACAGCCUGGUCUUACGAGAAAGGAAAGUCGCAAAGCUGAAGAAAUGAUCGUUGAUUCAAACGAUCAACCUGUACCUGCAGUUGUCCCUGCUGCCUCAACUUCUUUGAAUAGUCCUGCUACUGUAGCCACUGUAUCCGUGAAUACAACCCCCGAUCCACCGAUAGAGAGGGAAAAAUUGGUGACGGUUGAAGUAAAACCACAAUUAAGCGUGCCACCACAGAUGAAGAAAAUUGUUACCAGCAAACCUAUUGCCGUCACUAAAACUCACAUGACAAAUGCUUCUCAGAGUUUGUUACAAUCAAAUCAACACUUUUCACAUCAUCAGAUUCAAGUAUCCACAUCUGCUGGUCUACAAACUAUUCGACUCUCUGGUCAUUCCGUACUUCACACACAAGCGUCUACUGGGUUACCUGUUUCGACAAAUGCUAAUAGCAGUACAAACUCUAAUGUGACGACCAUACUACCUGGAACGAAGGUAUCGCAACAGUUGCAACAACAAACAACAAGUUCUAAUCAAACAGGUAAAAGCAUUUUGCAAGCUGUUAAACAACAGCAACAGCUACAACUGCAACAGCAGCAACAGUCGCAACAGCAACAAGCAAUGCCACAGCAACAACAACAGACGGUACAAGCACAAUCACAGCAACAGCCACCACAAAUCCAACAGUUACAACAACAACAACAGCCGCAGCAACAUGUUCUACCUGGAAAAACCCUGCUCGCUUCUCAAAUCAAACUUGUUAGUUCAGGUCAAAUUAAAUCGCUUUUGACCGGACAUGGAUUACAGGGACAAACAAUAUUUAUCAAACAAUCUGCAUCUCCGGCAACUCAACAACAGUUACAGCAGCAACAAUUAAAGCAACAGCAACAACAGCAGCUCCAACAGCGUCUUGUAAAUAGUCAGCAGCAACAAUCCUCUGGAAUGCAACGUAUAAUUGCCCAAAUUGGUGGUAAACCAAUAGCUGUGCAAAUACAACAGUCGCCGCAUCAGCAACAGCAGCAACAGCAAAAAAUACUCGCUAAAGUUCUCACAAGUGCUGGCGGUGGACAAUUAAUCUCUGUUGAAAGCUUACUAGCUCAAAAAGGAUUAAAAUUAGCUACUGCCACGAGCCAUACAGGCCCCAUAACUCAAGUAAACAAACAAGGAAAACAAGUGAUACAAACACAGUAUCAGGUCGUAUCGCAAGCACAGGGAGUUGCAGGUCAGUCAAAAGUGAUCGUAAGUUCUCAGCAGCAACAACAGCAACCGCAAACAGUACGAAUGGUGGCUGCCCAACUUGCUGGGAAACCAAUCAUGUUGGCUAGCAGUAGUAAAGGUGUAACUGUCGCUGGUGGAGCAACAGGGGUGGUGUUGAGUAAACAACAACAGCAGCAACAACCUAUCAUAUUGCCAAGCCAGUUGCUAAACAUCAAAACGUUGCACGGAUUAAAAGUAAUUCCUGCACCUGCUGGGCUUAAGACAGGUGCUGUCUACGCACGUGUUAUUGCUCCUUCUGUGCAAACUUCGACUGCUAAUCAACAAACGCAGCAACAGCAGCAGCAACAACCUGCUGCGCGAAAUUCGUAUGGCACACCAAGACAAGAAUAAUUAUUUUCGGUUUUUGCUGGUUAUUUCUACAAUCUUAGUGAAUAUUAUAGGAAUUAAUAGUAAUAUAAAUAGUAAUGAAGUGUCAGACCGGAACGCAAAGGAUGUAGAUUGUGCAUAUUUACUUUAUCCAAAAGUAUAAAUUAAUGAUCUUCACUCUCCUUAUAGACACCUAUUGCGGAUUGGUACUUGCCACGCUGAAGUGUAGAAUGUGAAGAGGUCAAUAUUCGAAUUAUUUAUAGAUUGAUUUUAAUAUUCAUAUGUAAGUUAAAUUUAUCUAAACACUAUUGUGGUAACGUUGUGACUGGUGAGUCCCUGAAGUUAACUAAUUCCUAUAAAUCAAAUACUGAAUUCAUAGGUGGAAAGUUAAACCGUGUACAUAUCGUAUAAAAUCUCCCAAUUACAACUAUUCGCUUGAAACUA